ACAAACGAACCCCACCCAUUUUCAUGGCAGCAGCAGCAGCUUUGAUGAUAAUGGUUCCACCAUUGAAACCCUCUCAAGCACUUACCCUCACCUUCCCUCUCAUCUACAAAUCCUCACUAAAACCAUCUUUAACCAAAAUGGCUCUUCAUAUCACCGCCUCCGCCUCCGCCUCCGCCUCCGCCAUCACUAAUCGAAAGCUUCCCGUUUUGUUGUUCGACAUAAUGGACACAAUUGUUCGCGACCCUUUUAAUCACGACAUCCCUGCAUUCUUCGGAAUGUCGAUGAAGGAACUAUUAGAGUGCAAACAUCCUACAGCGUGGAUUGAGUUUGAGAAGGGUCUCAUUGAUGAGAUGGAACUAGAAAGGAUAUUUUUUAAAGAUGGAAGGCAUUUUGACUUGGAAGGUCUCAAAAGUUGUAUUUAUCAAGGAUACUCCUAUUUAGAAGGCGUCGAAGAACUUCUAUGUGCGUUGAAAGAUAAUGGCUAUGAGAUGCAUGCUUUCACAAAUUACCCAAUAUGGUACAGAAUGAUUGAGGACAAAUUAAAGCUUUCCUCGUACUUAUCUUGGACGUUUUGUUCAUGCAUAAUUGGAAAACGGAAGCCUGAUCCUGAUUUCUAUUCGGAAGUUUUGAAGCACCUUGACACCGAACCAAAAAAUUGCGUCUUUGUUGACGACAGGAUAAAAAACGUAGAUGCUGCAAAAGAAACCGGCAUCAAUGGUAUUCAAUUCAAGAAUGCAGAUUCGUUACGGCACGAUUUGUCUCUUUUGGGUGUCACAUUAUAGGAGUGCAACACCAACACCUGGGAAUGGGAACAGGAUAGGGAGGGGAUUCGUUCCCACCGGGUAUGGGAACUGAAUCCCCUCCAACAAAAACACAUUUGAUUCAGACUCCAUUUAAACAUGUCUUUAACAACUUUGUUAUACAAAAAAGCCCUCAAAUAAGAUAUUUUUGAAUUAAGCUAAA